AAACUUGCUAAAAAAAAAAACCCUUUCAUAAAUUAUAUAUAUAUCGCAAAAAACUUAUCUCAUAUAUAUAUAUAUAUAUUGCCAAAAAAAUAAAAUAAAAUAAAAAAUUAAUUAAAAUUAAGACUGAGACACCAAAGCAUUAAGUUAAAUACAGGGGUAUUUCCGUCCUUAAACCAGAAACCGUGGGCAACUCAAAUCUCCCAGCCCAGUCUCCACCUCUUGCAGGAUUGCCGCCGCUUAUAAGUUAAAACCCGACCGCCUGCAAUACUUUCCCCAUGUCUUCCUCUCUAAGAUAUAUAUAUAUAUAUUUAACGAAACCCUAAUUCUUUUAUUCUUUUUCAUUCGGCAAAGGCGAUCUCUCACAUCUCUCCAUCUUCUAUCUCUCUCUCCAGAUCUGGUUUCAUGUUUACAGAGGACUCAACACCAUCGAUCGCGAGGUCGAUCGAAGUACGCUCAGUUUGGUCGAACAAUCUCGAUUUCGAGUUUGGAUUGAUCCGAAAGAUGAUCGAUCGGUACCCCUUCGUCUCCAUGGACACCGAGUUCCCCGGUGUCGUCGUCCGUCCCUCCUCCAGAAUCGAAUACUUCCGGCACCGGAACCCUACCGCCCAUUACUUCAUACUCAAAGCGAACGUUGAUCUGUUGAAUCUAAUUCAGGUCGGUCUCACUCUGACCGACGCAGAUGGUAAUCUCCCCGAUCUCGGGACUGACAAUCGUUAUAUUUGGGAAUUCAACUUCAGAGACUUCGAUGUCUCUAGUGACUUUCACGAUUCCGACUCGAUCGAGUUACUGAGGCAACAGGGGAUCGAUUUCGACAAGAACCGAGAGUUAGGGAUCGAUGCAGUGAAAUUUGCCGAAUUGAUGAUGUCGUCGGGGCUCGUGUGCAAUGAAUCGGUGACUUGGGUGACGUUUCACAGUGCGUACGAUUUCGGGUAUCUCGUGAAGGCACUGACUGGGAGGUCUUUGCCGGAUGAGUUACCGGAGUUUCUGAGCCUGCUCAAUGUGUUCUUUGGGUCAAGGUUUUAUGAUGUGAAACAUCUAAUGAGGUAUUGUGAGAGCCUCUUUGGUGGGCUGGACAAGAUUGCUAGGACUCUUGAUGUAGACCGGGCGGUUGGGAAGUGCCAUCAGGCCGGUUCAGAUAGCUUAUUGACAUGGCUUGCGUUUAAGAAAAUAAUAGAGGUUUACUUCUACAAAGAUGUCCCUGAGAAGUACGCCGGCGUCUUGUAUGGUUUAGAGGUUCUUUUGAAUUUCCAUGACAUGUAGUUUUUUAUUCCAGUAAAAUUGUACAAUCUUUUAACUUAAUAUCAAUAUUAGUUCAUAUUCUAUUUAA